ACCGAGAUCUUUCUAAAGCUGCGCAUAUCAUCGACCAUGACUGAUGUUAAACUACCGGUGUACUCCAAGGACACCGUGGGCCAGUGCAAGAAGAAACUUCAGGCCGCCGAGGCUGUGGACGCCUGUUGCCAGCGAUGGUUUUAUAGUGGCAAGCUGCUGGGCGACAAGGUGCCCAUAGAUGAGUGCAGCAUACACCAAGGCUACGUGGUGCAGGUGAUUGUAAACUCCGAGCACUACAACCAUGACAACAGCACGAGUACGGCGCACGCCAGCUAGCGGCGCACUCGACUCCCACUAGUCAACAGCAAUAGCACCAGCAAGGAGGCGCGACAGCAGCCGCAGGAGCAGCAGCAACAGCAACAACUUUUGGCCAAAGCGGGCAACAGCAUUCGAAGGAGGAGGAAUGCCAUAUACUCAGAUCACAGCACAAGGAACCUUAAGGGGAAUGUACAGCAAAAAUCGGAGCAGCGGGUACAAAAGCAACAGCAUACUCAUUGCAUUUAUCAAAAUAAGCAACAAUUGCAAAUUGUUGCACUGCCUGCCUUGUUGCUGUUGUUGUUGUUGUGGCUCGCCUUGUUAUGCUUUGUUUAAUAUAUCUAUAUAUGAAAUGUGAAACAAAAGAUCGAAAUCGUGUUGCUGAGGAAGGAAAAUAGGAAUGGGAAAAGAUUAUAAGAUACAUAAAUUAUAAACAUACAUAUAUUUUUUUGAUAAUAAUUACUUGAUAAUAAUACAACUGAUCUAAGCGGUCUACAAAGCAUGUACUGUCAACUGUAUAUGGAAUCUGCUAUAUUAACCGAGAUUGUAACCGAGAUUUUCUCGGACACUCGUCUACAGAAAAACUGAAGAAUGUGUAAAUUUUUAUAUAAACCAAAAUGAAGGGCCUCUAUUAACUAAUUGUAAGCAAGUGUUAGAUCAUUUGCCUAGUGUACAUGUAAUGUAAAAUAAACAAAAACUGUAGUAUUUGGCCGCAAUAGAAAGCAUGCAACAAACAAUUUUUGAUACUGUACAAAAUGCCAAUCACAUUAUUAUGAAAAUGAACAUAAUUGUGACCAAACCCAGAGAAAAAACAAAUUGUUAAGCAUAUUUCUUGCUCAAUGUAGUUAACAAGAAUAAGGGGAACACAUCGCGAGAAGAGAGAUGGAGCGAAUGCGAGGUAGGGAGUUGAAGAGUUAACCCAAGUACCUUAUAAAUGUAUAUGAUUUAAUUUGCUUUUAGAGUCGAUAAUUAUCUCUCAAGCACACAAAUUUCUAAAAUAAUUUCUUUAAUAAAUUCGUUACGGUCAAAUGACCGUUUUAAGUGCGCUGAA